UGGCCCUGGGCGGGGGCGCUGCCGCGUGGGCUUCGCUGAGCCCCGUCGCCAGAUCGGUACCCGCCCGCCGCCGAUGCAGCCGGCCCCGGACGAGGCCCGCAGGGACGAGGCCCAGGACGCCCUGUGGUCCAGGCCCGAGUGCCAGGCGUGGACGAGGACACUGCUGCUGGGCACAUGCCUGCUGUACUGUGCCCGAGUGAGCAUGCCCGUGUGCGCCGUGUCCAUGAGCCAGGACUUCGGCUGGAGCAAGAAGGAGGCUGGUGUUGUGCUGAGCAGCUUCUUCUGGGGCUACUGCCUGACGCAGGUGGUGGGCGGCCACCUCGGGGACCGGAUCGGAGGUGAGAAGGUCAUCCUGCUGUCUGCCUCCGCCUGGGGCUUCAUCACAGCUGCCACACCCCUGCUUGCCCACUUCGGCAGUGCCCACCUGGCCUUCAUGACCUGCUCACGCAUCCUCACGGGUCUGCUCCAAGGUGUCUACUUCCCAGCCCUGACCAGCCUGCUGUCGCAGAAGGUGCGGGACAGCGAGCGGGCCUUCACCUAUAGCACCGUGGGCACUGGCUCCCAGGUUGGAACGCUGGUGACCGGGGGUGUGGGCUCCCUGCUCCUGGACCGGUACAGCUGGCCAAGUGUCUUCUACUUCUCCGGUGGGCUCACCUUGCUGUGGGUGUAUUACGUGUACAGGUACCUGCUGAACGAAAAAGAUCUUGUGAUGACCCUGGGUGCAUUGGCAAAAGGCCCGCCCAUGUCCAGACACACCAAAGCCCGCUGGAGACAGCUCUUCCAGAAGCCUGCUGUCUGGGCGGCCAUCCUCUCUCAGCUAUCCUCGGCCUGCGCCUUCUUCAUCCUGCUCUCCUGGCUGCCGACCUUCUUCAGAGAGACCUUCCCCAGCUCCAAGGGCUGGGUCUUCAAUGUGGUGCCCUGGCUGGUGGCGAUCCCUGCCAGUCUGUUCAGCGGGUUUCUCUCGGAUCACCUCAUCAGUCACGGUUACAGGACUAUCAUGGUGCGGAAGUUCAUGCAGGCCAUGGGCCUCGGUCUGUCCAGCGUUUUUGCCCUGUGUCUGGGUCACACCUCCAGCUUCUGUAAGUCCAUGGUCUUUGCAUCAGCCGCCAUUGGCCUCCAGACCUUCAACCACAGUGGCAUCUCUGUAAACAUCCAGGACCUGGCCCCAUCAUGUGCCGGCUUUCUGUUUGGUGUGGCCAACACAGCAGGGGCCUUGGCAGGUGUGGUGGGCGUGUACCUGGGAGGCUACCUGAUCGAGACCACAGGCUCCUGGACCUCUCUCUUCAACCUGGUGGCUGUCGUCAGCAACCUGGGGCUUUGUACUUUCCUGGUGUUUGGAAAGGCCCAGCGGGUGGACCUGAGCCCCGCCCAUGAAGACCUCUAGUUCCUCCCACUGCCCAGGGCAAGCCAAUGUGGGAGCACAGGGGUGCAGUGGUGCGGGACAAGGGGAUGCUGGAUGCGGGAGCACGGGGGUGCAGGCAAGAAGGCGUGGGUCACAGGUGUGUGGGCCUCGAGUCCAGCAGGACUGGGUCAGGACCAGGCCUGGCCUCGCUCUGAGCCUGUUUCCCCACCAGCAAUGGAGCAAUCCUGCCCUUGCACGAGGUUGGGAUUCGGGGUGCAAUCACUCUAGCAGCGGCAGCUUCACUGCAGACACGGCCCCGUUUCAGUAGAUAGAACCAAGCCUCGUUGGAGGGGGUCCCACCUGGGAGAUGAGUGCUGCUUGGAUCAUAUGCUUAUUACCUCAAGGACCGGGCCAGGCGAGGCUGCCCCUGCACCCCAGGCGACUCUGCUGUUCCCCUGGACCAGACUCUCCCCAUGGUGGCAUGCUGACAGGAGGAUCCUUCUCUGGCUUGAACCAUCCUGUGCACUGUGGGGUGCUGAGCAGCAUCCCUGAUGUCUGCCCACUCGAUGCCAGUAGCCCCCACUCCAAGUCCUGAAAACCACAAAUGUCUUCAGCUGUGAGGGAAACUGCCCCGGCCGAGACCCACAGCCCUAGACAAAGGCCCAUCCGUGGAGGGGCCUCGUGUUUCUGCUCCUUCCAGGAGCAGGUUGCCCUCCCCCCAGUGAAAGGGCCCCGGCCCAUCUCUGGGUACCCCUGGCUGCCUCCACCCGUGUGGGUUCUUGGUACUGACUAUGCAUUCUGAGAAUGCAGCGAAGGCCUCAGAGAAGCCGCUUUCAGGACCUGUGGGCCCAUCCUCCCCGCCACCCCCGUCAUGAGCCCAGGGCUCCCAGACACCCCAAGAUGUGCACUCUCGGGGGCACGCUGUAUGGGGAUACUGCUUUGCCCGCUGUCCAGUGGGCGGGUGUCUGGACGUCCUCGGCAGCCCUGCCAGACCUGACCGCUGCCCCUACCCUCUGCUGGACCCAAUGGUGGGUGGGGCCCCCCAGAUCGACCCCUGUUACUAUAACCCGAGGAGCAGGCCAGAUCAUGAAUGAGCAAGUGGUGGACUUUGUAAGAUGAGUUUGUAAAGAACCUAUAAAAGUCCGCAAAGCCUUAUUUAAAUGUUGACUAUUAAAAAAACUAUUUAA